CGCUACUGAAGUUAAUGAGUUUGGUGCAAAUUUUAACACAUGAGCACGAAUGCUACGCGCAACGUUCAUCGUGAAAUAAAUUGCCGCACAUUCCGUUCUGUUUCUGCCCGUCUGAACGCACCUGUGGACACGGCAACCUGGACCAGCCCCAGAUAUACACAUAUUUUGUUUUUGUUAGGGAAAACUUGAUAAAAGUUAUAGGUGUUGUGUCGCGUGGCUGAAUACACUACCUAUGGUACAAAGUUGUUUAUUCACGUUCGUUUUCUUUGUAAACACUUGGCGUUGUUUUACUGGCGGUUUAUUAGGGCGUUAACUGAAGGCGGGUUCGGAUAAAAUCACAACGCCUCUCUUAUUUCACAAAACCAGUUUCGACAGUUUAGCAUUUCUCCCUCUGUUUGCUGAAGUAGGUAUAUGCCCUGAUACCAGGACUGGCCGAUCCGGUGCGUAUUAGAUUUCAGAGUGAGAGAGACUUGGGCACAAAAGUAAGCAGGUGAAACAGUCAAGUAGACCUUCUAUGUGGGUAUUUCGAGGGCGUCUUAUUCACUAAACAGCGAAACGUCAUGUCUAGUGCAAAGAUUAAAGAGAGCAACACUUCGAUACUUCACAGAAAGACAGAGUGAGGAGAAAAUCAGAGGUAUUACAUCAAAUUCAGCGAUAUAUUGAUAUAUUUUAAGAAGAGGACUCUCCCUCCAGACACCAUGUCUGUGUUAUACUCAGUGCCGGAAGAGAUAGAUAACUCCAGAGAGGCACUCCAUGGAGACGGUAGACCAUUUGUGGCAUCGGUCAUGGUCAACAACCCUCCCACCGGCGGUCGAAGGCCGACUCUUCAUCGCACAGGAGGAUGCGAAAGGACACAUUCUAUUCGUUCUCUCCCAGGGGACUUCACAAACCGGUUAGAAUAAUGAAACGGAAUGUCCAGACUGAAGGUCAGCCUUUUGUAGCUUCGGUGAUGGUGGACCAGUCUUCCGCGGACGACAACUUCGACAGACGUAAGCCAACCCUUCGGUUCGUCGGUGGAUGCGAGAGGUCCGAUUCUAUUCGCUCUCUUCCUGGCGACCUUUACAGAGAAGUGCCGUACAGGGGCAAUAGGGAGAUUCAACCCAGUCGACCUAUCGUCGAUUCGGCGGCGAUAGCUCCAGAUCUUUCCUGGGAGCCUCACCACUACGUCCAUAGGAACGACAGACGAGAGAGGCCUUCGUCAGUUUAUUCGCUUCCCGUUUUACGUCACUUUUCUCCCGGACGUCAUUUAGAUGAACACGACUAUGACACUCGCUCUCUCCAGCUUCCCCGCAAAGAGUUUAGAGCGGCCUUCGGUAAUAAACACAUCUAUCGCGGUGACAAUGGUUACUCAGAAUCUAGAUCAUCCAUCCAAUCUUUACCUGUAACUUUUUCCAAACCUGUUGUAUCUAUGCACGAUGGGGAACAUAGCAGUGAAGCUUUGCCAGCGAUAUUUCUUGAAGAUAAGGGUUACGUGCCAACUGUCGAGAGUUCAGUUUACCCUGUGAAGCAAAACAAAAACAUUGAUUAUCAGCGUCAAGUAGAAAAGGAACCUUCGAUGCCAUUAAAGAGACGUUGUCUAUGCACGCCCUGUGUGGUGAUACUGGUGGUAAUUGUGCUAAUGCUCCUGGUGGCCCUCACUUUUAUCACAACUGUCGCAUUUUCAAAGAUAAACGGUGUCACAACUUCUAAAGAUUUAAUAGACUCUUUGGGACUGGAAGAAAUUCCAAAUAAAGGUGGUUGGUUUAAGGCAACAUGGCGGGCGACAGCAAAAAUGUCGUCUGCUGGGGACGAGAAGGCCACUGGAAGCGCCACCUAUUAUAUGCUACGAGACAGGGAUAUAACAGAAUGGCGGCGUCUUAGUUCAGAUGAGGUGUGGUUUCAUCACUGCGGAGAUAACGUCGUGAUUCACACACUGUCUCACUCCACUGUGAACAAGCAUACCACAUACAUACUUGGGGACCACGCAGUGGACACGCGUGCGCAGUUCCAAAUGCCGAUUUCAAGAUACACGUGGUUUGCUGCUGAACUCGUUAAUAAGGAUAGUGGGUCUUACGCUCUGAUGAGUGUUGUUUCAUCUCCAGGUUACGAUCCCCAGGAGGUUGUCUACGGUAACAGGACUUACUUGUCCACUCUUUUCCCAGAUACAGAGAGUCAGACAUUUAUACGAAAACUCACUCGGAACUAG